AUGAGAGUCACCGCUCUUUUCGUCAAUGCAUUUAUUGCUACCUCUCUCGGCAUGCCAUCACAGCAUGUCCAGCAUGAAAGGAGAUCCUACCAAACUGUUGUCAAGCGCGCUGCGGCCCGGUCCUCUGUCGAGGUUCCGGUGCGCAUUGCCUUGAAGCAGCGCAACCUUGAAAGGGGAAUGGAUCUGCUGAUGGAGGUGUCUGACCCGUCCUCGGCAAAGUACGGCCAGCACUACUCCCCAGAGCAGGUUGUCGACACCUUUGCUCCGGACGAGAGCUCGUUUGCCGCUGUCAAAAAGUGGCUUGUCGAGGCCGGCAUCCCGGAAGCCAGCAUCACGCAGCCCAAGAGCAGAGGUUGGGUCGACUUUCGGACAACUGUCGGCAACCUCGAGUCUCUCUUGAAGACGUCCUACCAUGUCUACCACGGGAAGCGAUCUGGUGCGCGGUACUUGGGAGCAGAUAGGUACAGCCUCCCCCGAGACAUUUCCAACGUGGUCGACUUUGUUCAUCCGGCCGUGUCCAUGAGCCAAGUGGUGGCAAGAGACGAACCGCGAAAGAGGAGGCGGAUCUUCCAGCCCAUGUCCUCACAGCAGAUCCAAAACAUGACAAGAAGCCUUGGUUUGGCCCGGGGAUGUGACAGGCGAGUGACACCCGCCUGCAUCAAGGACCUGUACCGCAUCCCCCACGCGCCCAAUACCACCAACCCCAAGAACCGGCUGGGCAUUUUCGAGACGGACGACGAGGAGCACAAGCAGUCGGACCUUGAUCUCUUCUUCAGCCGCGUCGCCACCCACAUCCCCGCCGGGACCGGCCCCAAGAUCGACCUCAUCGACUGGGGCACCGACUCGCCCAACCCGGACAACGCCGAGGGCGAGGCCGCCCUGGACUUUGACAUGGUCUAUCCUAUCAUCUACCCGCAGACCACGGAACUCUACCAGACCAGGACGCAGGGCCGCGAGGGCUUCCUCAACCAGUUCCUCGACGCCGUCGACGGGUCGUACUGCACACGGGACGGCGGCGACGACCCCGUCAUUGACGGCAUCACCCCCGACGAGAUGUGCGGCAAGUUUGAGCCGGCGCCCGUCAUCUCCUUUUCCUACGGCUGGCAGGAGCAGGCCUUUCCCGCAAAGUACCUCGAACGUCAAUGCAGCGAGUGGAUGAAGCUCGGUCUGCAGGGCACAACAGUCGUGUUCGCGUCGGGCGACGGCGGCGUCGCGGGGAACCACGGCGGGACAUGCCAGGGCAGCGACGACAGCAUCUUCACUGCGAUUGCGGCGUCUGGCUGCCCGUACACGACCUCGGUGGGCGCGACCAUGGUGGCGCCGGGCCGCGGCGUGCGCGACCCAGAGCACGUCGCGGACCAGUUCUCGCCCGGCGGCGGCUUCUCCAACGUGUUUGCGCAGCCGGCGUACCAGCAGAGCGCCGUGGAGCGCUUCUUCGCUUACCACGACCCGGGGUUCCCGAGCUACAACACGUCCGGCACCGCGACGCCGCCGGCGAACAUUACCGACGGCAUUUACAACCGCAACGGCCGCGGGUUCCCGGACUUGGCCGCCAACGGGCUCAACGGCGUCGUCGCCUUCAACGGCCGCGUCGGCACGAGCGGCGGCACGUCCCAGGCGGCGCCCAUCGUGGCCGCCAUCUUCACGCGCCUGAAUGAGGAGCGCCUGGCGGCGGGCAAGAGCGUGUUGGGUUUCGUUAACCCCGCGCUCUAUAUGAACCCGGCCAUGUUUCACGAUAUUACUAUUGGAGGAAUGGGCAAGGACAGCGACGGCAGCUGUGGUGGCAAGAGCUGGGACGCGGCGCCCGGUUGGGACCCGGUUACCGGCCUUGGAACCCCCAACUAUCCUGCCAUGUCCAAGUAUUUCGCAAGUAUCUGA